AUGUCCCACUUUCCCUUUGCUGAUCUCACCGAAUCAUGGCUUUUCUACCUGCCGCGACGCGCUGACAACACCCAAUCCGCCUUCGUCGAGCCAACCCUCCCAUCUAACCAACCAACUGAGUUCGUUGAGAUGAAUCCUGCAAAAAUAACCGGCAGCACAACCGCUGUCAGCAACACCAAAAUCCUACUUCAAAAUCGAAUUGCUCACGAUGAAACGUCCGUGCCCUGGAUAUACUCCACGACACGUAUAAUCAACCGAACGAGAACGAGAAGGCAGCUCGUGCAGCGCGCGCAUAUGUUUCGUCACGAGACGCGGUCCAUCAGAGUUGGGCGGGAUGGCAGCGCAGACGGGCCUGAAGCACCGCCGCGUUGGGAAAAACUCGAAGGACCGAAAGUGUCCCACCAGGUCGCGAAAUAUCACCAACCACAAAAGAAACACAAGGGAUACCACCCGAAGCCUGUACUACACGCCCCACCAGCAAAAGCCCUCCUCCCCCGGCGGACCCUAGCAAGCAAACCCUUCCCUUCACCAACAGGAUCACUAGCCUCAGUGCCACACGUGAACUCGCAGCGGACAGUGGUAGCACAAUAUACAGUUGCGUCCUCUGAAUGA